AUGGCCAACCCCCCACCACCCUCCCACGAAACAGCUCCCGACCCCGAGGAAGACGACCUUGACGACCUUGACGAUGUCCUUGAUUCCUUCGCUUCCAAGCCUUCCACCAAAUCUCCUCCCCCUGCCUCCGGUCCCGGCAGACCUCCGCCCCCCACCGCGAGCGACUCCGCCAUAGAAGAUGCCCCUCCAGACCUCCCAGACCUGCCCGCCGACCUCCAAAACAGCAUGUCCCAUCUGAUCUCGGAGCUCGGGGAGAACCCCGAAAUGCAAGCCCAGUUCGAAGCUAUGAUGGCCGAGCUCGUCGCCGCCGGACAAGCAGACACGCAGGAGGAAGCGGUGCAGCACGUCAAGAGCGCGAGCGAGAGUAUGCCGCAGAUGCCGGAGGAAGUCAAGCAAGCAACCGCAGGAAGCAAAGCUCCAGGGGAUAAGCAGGGAGUCAGUGCGAAAGGGGAAGAAAGCUUCCAGGACACCAUCCGCAGAACAAUGGAGCGCAUGCAAGCCUCGGAUUCCACAGCCAAAACCGCCACCGCCUCCGGAGGAGCAGAAGGCGGCAGCGACGAAGAAAAGAUGCUCAUGGACCUGAUGAAAUCCCUCGGCACCGGCGAGGGCGGAGGCGCCGAAGGCGGCGAGGAGGACUUCAACAGCAUGCUCAUGUCCAUGAUGGCGCAGCUCACCAACAAGGAAAUCCUGUACGAGCCGAUGAAAGAGCUGGACACCAAGUUCCCGGCUUGGAUGCGGGAGCAUGAGGGGAAGGAAGCAGAGAGCGAGAUGAAAAGGUAUAGGGAGCAGCAGAGGCUGGUGGGGGAGAUUGUGGGGAGGUUCGAGAAGGAAGGGUAUAGUGAUGGGGAUGAGGGGGAUCGGGAGUUUAUUGUUGAGAGGAUGCAGAAGAUGCAAUCGCAAGGAUCACCGCCGCCGGAUCUUGUGGGUGAUAUGGGUGCGGCGCAGGAUGCGUUAGAGGGUUUGGAGGGUGGAUGUCCGACGCAAUGA